AGCCAAAAGGAAACCCAAAGGAGAAGAGGAGCGGUGGUAAAACAGCAGCAGGAGAUGGCUGGGGUGCGGCGGGAGGGAGGCGAUGGGCACAGGAUGGUCUCCAGGGUUCUGCUGCCUUUUAGGAAACCCAGUGACGGGCUGUCCCGGCGGGGACACGCAUCCUGAAUGGGGCUGAGGCCCCCUGCGCGGGAAUAUGCAGCCUCGGCGCCGCGGGGGCAGCACCGGGGCAGCGGCUGGCGCGCGGCGGCAUGGUGGCGACCUUCAAGAUCGCCGUGCUGGGAGCCCAGGGCGUGGGCAAGAGCGCCAUAGUCCGGCAGUUCCUCUACAACGAGUUCAGCGAGGUCUGCGUGCCCACCACGGCCCGCCGCGUCUACCUGCCCGCCGUCGUGAUGAACGGCCACGUCCACGACCUGCAGAUCAUGGACUUCCCCCCCAUCAGCGCCUUCCCCGUCAACACGCUGCAGCUUCGAGUACAUCAAAACCAUCCGCCAGCAGAUCCUGGAAACGAGGGUCAUCGGCACGUCGGAGACGCCCAUCAUCAUCGUGGGCAACAAGCGGGACCUGCAGCGGGGCCGGGUGAUCCCGCGCUGGAACGUCUCCAACCUGGUGAAGAAGACGUGGAAGUGCGGCUACAUCGAGUGCUCGGCCAAGUACAACUGGCACAUCCUGCUGCUCUUCAGCGAGCUCCUGAAGAGCGUGGGCUGCGCCCGCUGCAAGCACGUCCACACCACCAUCCGCUUCCAGGGCGCCCUGCGCAGGAACCGAUGCACCAUCAUGUGAGCCCCCCUCCCCCCGACCCCGACGGACCCCCCCCCCUCGGGCCGUGUCCCCGCAGGACCCCCAACCCUGUCGGGGUGAUGCUCCGCUGGGAGCUGCGCCGGAGGCAGCCCGGGUGUUGCUUCCUCUGCGGUGACACUUGGGGACACGGCGCGCCCGGCACGGGGCCGGGCAGGGCGAUGCGUGGCCGCCGGCGGGUCGGGUCGGGCUGGGCCAGGCGGGCGGCUGUGCUGCCCGGAGGUGAGGGGUGAGGGAGGGCCUCGGCUGGAUCCUCACCUCUCCGCACGAAGGAGCCGCUCGGUGAGAGCCCCGCGGUCCCGCCGACCUCAAAUUCCCACGUCAGGGCUGAUCGCUGCAUCCCUGCGCCUCCCCGGCCCGAGCUGGUCGCCUCCUUGGGCUCUUGCUGCUCUGUGCCCGACGCGGGCAGCCUGGUUUGGUUCCCCUACCACAGAAAGUGCUAUUCCCACCCCACCAGCUCCCUUUCCUUAAGCCUCGUCCUCCCCGUAUGCACCCGCCCCGCAGAGGCUUCACCAGGCCCCAGGGUUUGCGGGCGCAAAGCUGCUGCCAUCAAACGCUGGGCACAGCUCAGCACCCCGAGCCAAAGCUCAGCACCCAGACCCAAAAGGCAGGGAUCCUGGCUAGGCAGGUGGCGUUUCCAGGUGGAUUCAGCCCCUGCGGGGCUUUUCCCAGGGGAAGCUCUCGUCCAUCCAUCCGAGACGGAGACGGUGCCCGCACAAAGGCAGCCUCCAAAGCAAUAGGGAGCUGGAGUUGCGUUUCCACCUUUUUUUCUGAAUUCUGUGCACAUUCCUAAUGGGAAGAUGAGCCCCUCUUUAUUUUUCUUUCAUUCUUUAUUUUAUUUUAUUUUUAUAAAUUAAUCUUUUGGCUAGUUCCCACUCCGGACUGCCAGCUCAUCUGCAGCUUGUCCUGGAGCCCGGGAGGCAAAGUGCGGCCCGAGCUCGUAAAUGGUGCCGGGGUGGGGGGGGGGGUCUGGGUUUGUCCCCGUGUGACACGGGGACGCUGUGAAACAGGCAACACCGAAGGCCCGCCGCCUCUUCCCCGCCGACAGGCUCCAUUUCCCAGGAGAACUGCUGCUGUCCUGGUAACACUCGCUAUUCAGAGUCCUUCCCACUGAGCUCUAGCCCACUGCAUUCAGCCUCGCCUCGCAUCCCGGCCAUCAGUCGGUCCCUGCAUCCCUGCUGCCCCCAGCAGCUUCACUAGGAACCAAAACCCCAUCCUCGCACCCCAAACAAAAUAAGGAAAAAAAGAAAAUCACACAGAAAAGUCGAUGGGAGGGCGCACAGGGCCAAGGGCUGGGGGAGAGCAGCUCCCAUCCUCCAUCCCUCACCUCCACGGCAAAGCCGCCGCGCAGCGCCGCCGGCCCAGCCCCAUCUCACCAGGAUUUAUCAGCCCACGUUAUCGGUCUCUCGCUAGCUUUACCCCUCCAAAUUGUUUGAGAAGGAAACUCCUUGGUAAAUGCUACUAAUAAAGCAUUUAUACCGUGCUGCGACGUGCACAUGUCAGCGACUAAGCCAAUACAUUGUUUGUUAUAACCCUGUAGCCUGCAGUUUAUAGCACAAUUAGUUACAGGUUUUUAUAGCAUCUAUUUAGUAUUUUGGAAAAAAAAAAUGGUUAUAAAUAUAAUUGUUAUAUUCUAUUGUACUUUAUAGACAGAAGUGAUAUGAGUAUUAACAACCCUCCCUGCUCUGGCAGCAGUGCCCAGCUCCCGGACUACUGCGAGGAGAGCGGGAUCGGGGCCGGGACCCCCCGGCACAGCGGGGCUGGGGGCUGGGAUGGCAGAGGAUCAGCGCAUCCCCUGACCCUGCAGCACUUGGGACCGAGCUGCCUUGCCCCCUGCCCUGUAAACGUGCCCUCCUCCCAAAGCGUUACUGCUCUCCCACCACCUCCUCGUCCCUCUCCGCGUUGCCUCGCUCGGCUCUACGUCCACGCAGAGAGAACCUGCUGCAGAGCUGGGGGCAGGCUGAGGGCGUCCCUGGCUGUCCCCAGGGGCAGAAAGGUGGAAAAAAAAUAGUGUUUUUUCCCCCAUGUGUGUGUGCUGAGCCAGGAGGUGCCACACAGCCCGAGGUGGGCUCGGGGCAGCCCCGAUGAGGAUGUUCGCUCUCUCCUCCUCCUGGAGGUGCAUCACGGUUUCCAGGACCUGGCUCUCCUUUCCCCCUGGACUUCCCGUUGGAGAUUCCUGAGGUGUCUCCACCUCCUGAAAUGCCCUGCAUCCCUUGACUUGAACCCGAAUUAAAAUCAGGUCUGUCCCCCU